AUGCGUUUAGUCUCUGUUGUAGUGCCUUUGGCAAGCUCCAUUGCCACAGUCGCGGCCAAGUGCGUCAGCGCCGGGUGCCAUGCAUUGAACGAGCCCCUUGGAGAUGCGGUGUUCUCCCGAGGCACCCCGGUCUACAACUACGAGUCCAAGAACUUCUGGUCGAACACUGAGAUCAUGUCCCCUGGAUGUGUGUUCCGUCCUCAGUCUAGUAGUCAAUUGGCCGAGGGAUUGAAGGCUCUUGUUGGUGCCAAUGCCGAGUUUGCUGUUCGCGGUGGUGGACACAUGGGCAUCCGAGGUUCCAACAACAUCAAUGGUGGCGUGCUGGUCGUCAUGUCAAAUUUGACUACUAUGGCAUUGAACGAAGACAAGUCUAUUCUUUCCGUUGGUCCUGCUUACCGAUGGAGCGAUGUCUAUGCGUUCUUGGCCCAAUCUGACCUGACCGCGGCCGGUGGCCGCCUCGGGCCUGUCGGUGUUCCCGGUCUCCUUCUUGCCGGUGGCAUCAACUUCUACGGUAACCAGGUUGGCUUCGGCGCCGACACCGUCAUCAACUACGAGGUCGUUCUUGCCGACGGCUCGAUCAUUGAGGCCAACAAGACCUCCAACCCGGAUCUGUUCUGGGCCUUGAAGGGUGGGAGCAGCAACUUCGGCCUGGUCACUCGCUUCGAUUUGCAGACGAUCAAGUCGUCGAAGGUUUGGGCUGGAACUUACACCGUCACAGCUAGAUAUGUCGACCGCUUCCUUGAUGCUGCCGCCAAAUACGCGUCCGACAUCUACGACCCUAAGUCUCACAUUGUCCCGGCCGUGGUGCCCGGCAACUCGACUCUAGCUUCAGUGAUUCUGUUCUACAACAGCGACACCGAGAGCUACCCCGAGAUCUUCAAGCCAUUCACCGAUAUUCCCACUAUCAGCAACACUCUUGGCUUCAAGACCGUCGCCGAUUUUGCAGCUGAGACCGGUGAGAUGGUAGUCGAGGGCAUCAAUGACGUCUUCGUCGCUGGAACUGUCAAGGGAACCACCUACAAGGAACUCCACCAGGGUAUCAGCAUCAUCAACUCCACCUUCUUCAGCCAGCUGCCCAAGCUGUACAAGCAGAUCCCCGCCGCCAACAUCUCCACCAUCCAGCUGGACUGGCAGCCCAUCGGUGCCGACUGGAUGAAGGCCUCCGAGACUGCAGGUGGUAACGCCUUGGGACUGGACUCCUCCAAGGUCUAUCUCUGUUACGCCGAGGUCGUCGAAUGGAUUGGAUCUGCAUACGACCACAUCGUGGCUGAGUGGAUCGAAGAGACUACCUAUGCGAUCAACAAUGCCACGCAAAAGGCUGGCCUUUACGACACGUUCAACUACAUGGGCGAUUCCGCCGGCUUCCAGUCCAUCUUCCCGGGUUACGGUGAGAAGAACCACCAGAAGUUGAUCUCCAUUGCUCAGAAGUAUGACCCUCAUGGUAUCUUCCAGAAAUUGAUGCCUGGUGGCUUCAAGGUUUAUUAA